UUUGAGCCCCGUGACCGGUGUUUUUGUAAACCCCACAAAGACCCUUGUGUUAAGCGGAAGACCAGAGAGCUCCAGUACGGACAACAGUACGUCGCUGGUGGCUGUAAACAGGCACACGGACGUAGGGUUUAUAGAGCUGACGCUUCUGACCUCCGAGUCCACCCCAAGUUACAAGGAAACACGAUCGGAUCCAACAUGGCAGGCAGGAAAACACCCGCGGCAUUCUGGGUGUGCUUCUUCAUUCUGCUCAUUCCCGUUCUCGGGAUCUGCAUCUACCAGAUCGCCGACCGCAUCUCCUUCUAUGUGAGCUACCCUGUUACUCGGGAGUCCAGGGAAAUAGCCGUGCAGUCUCAGCCGUUCCCGUCUGUCACGGUGUGCAACAACAACCCGAUCCGCAAGGCGGCGCUGUCCGGAACGACCCACGCUUCCCUCCUGGACACAGACGAGCAGGUGCGGCAAGGUGUGGAGAACCUGCUCGCCUCCACCAGCAGCGGCGCCGUCAACCCGUCAGCCGCCAGAGAAAUUCUGAACACGGCGUACCAGGACAGGAGAACCGCCCGCGCGACCGGAGACCUCGUCGGCAUGUCCAGGGAUGACAUAGCGAACUUGGGCCACCAGCUCAGCGACUUCGUCAUGAGUUGUUCCUACAACGGGCGGCAGUGCGUGUCCAGCGACCUGUCCAGCGUCUUUACCACCUUUCAAUCCGCCAAGUUUGGCAACUGCUUCACCUUCAACGCUAAUUUCAAAGUGUCCUCCCCCAACAAAGGCCAAGGACUGACCAUGACACUGUACACGGACGUUGCCGAGUAUGUUGGCCUUUUCGGCCGGCAGCCCGGCGUAACCGUGACUGUGCAUCCCGCCAACACAACAGCGUUUCCCGAGGAUGACGGUAUCGUCGUCAGGGCCGGAGAGAGCGCGGCCAUCGGCCUGAGGAAGACUGUGAACAACCGCAUGCUUGCUCCCUUCGGCGACUGUCAGCAGGACACAGACGCAGAGUCCCUGUACCCCGGAGGAUAUUCCCUGGCGGCGUGCCGGAAAGAGUGUCUGCAGAAAACCCUGCUGCAGAACUGCGGCUGUCUGGACGAUCCCAGAACAACUAGCGGCAACCUGUGUACCGCCAGCGAGGAAAGCUGCCGAUCAAGGUACUACGAACAGGGUGCCACCUGGCGGGAUAACUGUGACUGCAAGCGUCCCUGCAGGGAGGAGUCUUACGUCACCGCCAUGACGUCAUCCCCCUGGGCCCCCGAGAACGUCCUGAUCCCCGAGCUGGAUUACGUCACUCCCCUCCCUGACGUCGGCGGCAUCAUCAAACAAAACAUCGUGCAGGUACAGGUGUAUUACCUCGACAACACCUCCCAACAGGUGGACGAACGUGCAGCCUACCCGGUCAAUAAACUGAUGAGAGAUAUCGGACUUGACAUCGCUGUGUGGCUUGCCCUGUUGCUGAUCCUCAUUGGGAUCGGUUACUUGGUUGUCUUGAUCAUUCGAGCUUGUUGUGGGGAGGGCGGUGGAAACAAGGCCAUUUAGUCCACUGAAUCGAACACAAUGUCGUUAUGUAUGGCAAUUCUGGUGUAUUACGAGGGUUUAGGGCUGACUACCCUGUGUGUGUGUGUGCGUGUAUCAUAUAAGUAUGGAAUAACCAUUUAUGGGAUGUAUUUUACCAGUAAUCAAGGACUUGCAGUGAUUUCACGACUGAAUAUGACAGCUUAGAUCGUAAAAGACAAUGUCGUUAUUAGACAUCUGUAGGUGAUGCAUACUACGGUAAUAAUCUUAACUUAAUUAGUGUGUAAUACUAUAGCGUAACAAAAUAUGUAUUAACUAUAGGACAUAGGGAUAUUUCAGUAAGUCAUUAAUUUAGUCCUUUUUUUAGCUAGACUUUCUGAAGAAUAUACAAGAAUAACACAAAUACCACUGAUUCGCGAAAGCAUCUUCUAUGAAAUGGAAUGUUUCGUAGCCUCUGUGGAUACUUCUAUUCUUGUGCCACCUGUAACGUUACUGUUGUUGUUGUUAAUAAUGAUGUUUACUUGAGAAUUAUGGAAACAAUAUAUCUAUAUGUGACUAAUGUUGAAGGUAAAUGUAAGAAUCUUUGAACCGCUGUAUGUGGCCAGUGAAUAUUACUUUAACAGUUUAAGCUCGGUUACUGGCAUUGGUGACUAACGUGUACUGUGAAUAACGCUACCUAAAUAAAAGUGAAGCUGGUGUUUGCAAUCUUACCUGACU